GGAUUUUCAGUUAUCUCACUCAAGGUUAUCUUUGUGUGUUACAGGUUUAGGUGGCGCUGGUAAUGUGGAGUUGUAAGGGGUGCUCAGAAAAAGUGUCAAGUAGGUCCAAGCUUUUGCAUCACUACAAAUUAAAACAUCCACAUUUUGGACGUCAUUGCCACUUCCCAUGUACAUACCUGCAUUGUCCAUGCAGAGAGAUAAAUGCUGAGUUUAAGAGAAUUACGACCAUACCGCUUCAUUCAAAGUUCUUCUCUCAACUGGAUCUCCACUGUGACAACCUGAGGAAGCUCUUCAAAAGAAGAGGACAGCUCGGACAAAAGCUUAGACAAAUUGUUGCACAAAUAGAUGAUUGUGAAGAUGUUGAUGUUGCACGGGAGUGUGUCAUUAAGGGAGUCUGCAUAUAUAUGGGAGAAGAUCCAGCCAAGCUCAUCCAUAAAUAUGUGGGUGUGGAUGAAGCUAAUAUUGAAGAGGGUAUUGGAGCCACCACCAUCGGUGUUUUUCAUCUUAAAGACUGUUCUUCAGCAGAUGAAGACAUCGGGGUCGUUCUUGAAGGUAUCAAAGUGUUUUCCAAUUUGGAUAGUGUGCCAACAGCUGUUGCAAUGCUUUUUGGACUGAUAUAUGCAAUGAACCUCGCCUACCCUGCUGACCUCCGCUACACUUUCGAGGUAUUACAGAAAAUACUAAUGGAACUGGAUGGAGGUAAACUGUCAAACAAGGCAUUGUCCCUUAAAAACCACCUCUAUGAGUGAAUAGAGAUUUUCUCAUGUUUAAUUUGGUAAUGUUCUCAUGUUCAGUUUUUGUAUUUCUUGUUGUAUUCUUUAUUGGAGGACACAAAUGUAUUUUUUAAUGAGGAACGCUUCACCUGAAAGACUGGGCUUCAGCAGCUUUUACGUUCCAGUAUGUAGUGCUACUUAUAACACUACUGCUACUUAGUGUUACAAAUAUGUUAAAGAAAUUUGCUAUAAAAGUUACAUUACACUGAUUUAUUGUCAUGCAAAUUACAUGUUCAGAAUUGUUUUAGAAAUUUGACAUACUUUUCUAAAUCAUUUUGUCUUUCAUAUUAAUAUCUUAUAGAUAAAAUUUUAAGAUGUAGUGUUUCCCUUGUAAAAAAAUGUUCUUGUUUUUACACAUUUGUUUAGACUAUCACUAUGGUAUUACAUAGUAAUCAGUAAGACAUGUGACAGAUAAUUGGUGUAAAAAGUUUAGCUUUGUCUCAUAUUGACAUAACAUACUGAUAGUUUUAACAAAUAUGUUAAAAAAAAGUCUGUAAAGCUAUGUACUGCAGCAUUAAUUAAUGUCAUUUGAAUACAUGUUCAAAAACAGUUUGUAGAAAUUUGACAUACUUUUCAUAAUCUUGUACAUCUUUUAUAGAAAUAUGUCUCAGGUUUUCCUUCAUGUUCAUAAAAAUUGUAUUUACUAAAUUUAAAAAAAUGUAUGUCUCUUCAAUUUAAAAUAUGUUAAGUACAAAAUGGUGAGAUUUAAAUUUUCUUUCAAAUAAAACUAAUUUGUUCAGUAGCACUCACUUUCUUUGUCUUUCUUGUCAAAUAUCAGUCUUUAAUUUUUUACAGUAGAACAGCAUAUAGAGAACUUGAAAAAAUUAAGUAGGAUUUA